AUGGUCGAACUCCACUACCGCCCAGGCUUCGGGGGGCGCAGUAGGCCUCGGUUCCCCAGCGGGGCGUUGCUUAGCAACCGCUCCCCGGCGUGCACCGCGCGGCCGGCCCCCGGCGCCGGAAACAAAUGCAUCACCAGCGAGCUGCUGAAGGACAUCCCCCUGACGGGGGUGCUCGGGGGGAGCCUGAGCGCUGAGGCCGAGCUGCUGAAGGGAGGCCCCCUUCCCUCCCCGAAGGAGCUCAUCAACGGGAACAUCAAGACCAUCACGGAGUACCGCGAGGAGGAGGACGGGAGGAAGGUGAAGAUCAUCCGCACCUUCCGCAUCGAAACCAGGAAGGCCUCCAAGGCGGUGGCGCGUCGGAAGAACUGGAAGAAAUUCGGCAACUCGGAGUUCGACGCCCCCGGCCCCAACGUGGCCACCACCACCGUGAGCGACGACGUCUUCAUGACGUUCAUCACCAGCAAGGAGGACCUCAACUGCCAAGAGGAGGAGGACCCGAUGAACAAGCUGAAGGGGCAGAAGAUCGUCUCGUGCCGCAUCUGCAAGGGCGACCACUGGACCACCCGCUGCCCCUACAAGGACACGCUGGGCCCGAUGCAGAAGGAGCUGGCCGAGCAGCUGGGGCUGUCCACGGGCGAGAAGGAGAAGCUCCCCGGAGAGCCGGAGCCGGUGCAGGCUCAGCAGAGCAAGACGGGCAAGUACGUGCCGCCCAGCCUGAGGGACGGCGCCAGCCGCCGCGGGGAGUCCAUGCAGCCCAACCGCAGGGCCGACGACAACGCCACCAUCCGCGUCACCAACCUGUCCGAGGACACGCGUGAGACCGACCUGCAGGAGCUCUUCCGCCCCUUCGGCUCCAUCUCCAGGAUCUACCUGGCCAAGGACAAGGCCACGGGGCAGUCCAAGGGUUUUGCCUUCAUCAGCUUCCACCGCCGCGAGGACGCGGCCCGUGCCAUCGCUGGGGUGUCUGGUUUCGGCUACGACCACCUGAUCCUCAACGUGGAGUGGGCCAAGUGAGUACGGGAGGGUCCUGGGGGGGCUCCCAGG